GGAUCCGGCCAUGCCGCGCGCGUUCCUGGUGAAGAAGCCGGUGGUGGCCACGGCCAAGCGCAACUGGAGCGAGCUCCCGGACGAGCAGCGGGCCGAGAUCUACGUCCCAUCCGGCCCUUUGGGCACCCCCCUCCCCCCGGGGCUGCCCCUGGCCGGGGGGGUCCCCGUGGGGGUCCCGGUGGCCGGGGGGGUCCCGGGGGGCUCCGAGCUCUUCUCGUGCCCCGUGUGCCACAAGAGCUUCGGGUUCCAGCGGAUGCUGAACCGGCACCUCAAGUGCCACAGCGAGGUGAAGCGGCACCGCUGCCCCUACUGCGGGAAGGGCUUCAACGACACCUUCGACCUCAAGCGGCACGUGCCCCCAUAA